AUGGCGGAGCUAACUAGUGGGCAAAUACCUUUAAUGGUACAAACGGAUGAAGCAAAGCGUGCUCGUCAGCGUGAACAUGUUAAAAACAGCUACUACCGACAGCAAAAUCUGAUGAAAGCUCUUCGUCACGAAGUCUGUGAAUUGGAGCAUGAAUAUUCAUGCACGAUACAAAUGAAGCAACAGCUACAGCAGUCUGAAGCUGUUACUGAUACUUUACAUCAUGACGGACAGCAGCAAUCCUCGGACGAUCUGGUAGAACAAUACAUGCGAUUGUCAAUCAAGAAACAGCAGCUCUGUCGAGCAAACCAAGAGUUGGCGCUCUUAGUGGCAAAGCACACUUCAUUCGAGUUCAAGAUGCAAAGCGUCUUGGACUUUAAACCCAAGCUGAUGCUAGAACCUCCUCCACUUACGAUACACGACGUGACAUUGAAGCCUCCUCUAACAGUCAUAGAGUGCCAUCAAAUUGCUAUGGAUGCGUAUCAAGAGAUUCGCGCUUUUUUGAAGAGCAAUAGCUGCCUGACCUCUGGUCUCGAGCUAUUUGGGUGGCGUGAACAGCGACGUGAGGCACCAGAUCAUGUCAAGUUCACGCUCGAAAAGCGCUUUCCUGGCGUCACUCCAAUGGAAAUGUCAGCUCGUGCCUGGUGCAUCGUAUCUUCACCGCGAGGUCUUGUGGGGCUCUACUCGUCUACGAUGCGCUUAUCGAUAAAGGUGCUGCAGGUUGUCGAUGAGCAUAAUGUAAUCAUGUAUCGUAUCAUUACAAACACGAGUACAAUGGCCACUGUUCAGUCACUGUUUCUAGUCACGCGCUUUCACAUUACGAACGGAUACAUUAUUCUCUUUCGGUCAGUGGACCGCGAUCGACUGCGAAAGAUUCGUCCGGACGGUUCGUUUGAAACUUGGGAUACACAAGAGGGAGGCACACAGGUCACGUGGCUUGAUAUGUUCACGUGGACUCUAUUCGAAGAUGAACCAGAAAAUGGUAAUGCUGUGAUCUUUAGCUACGGCGGGAUCGUGUACAGCACAGCAGCCGCUGAUACACGUAUGUGGAUGCUUGAGAUCUUGUCGCUUGCCUUGCGAUGGGAAAACAAGGUUGUGGGACCAACUUUGUUUUUAAUCGGUUGA